AGCACAAAAGCUUAGCGAACAAUUGAUGAAAAUGUCAGAACAGUACUUCUCGAAUGUGGUCAUCAUGUUCUACGGUGACGAUUUUCGAUUCACAACGCCGUUUGAAUGGAAAAUUCAAUAUGAAGCUCUUCGGUUCCUGUUCGACGAGAUCAAUUCGAAGAACGAAAUAGAGAUAGGAUUCGGUACUAUCACCAAAUUCUUCGAUGUAUUAGAGGAAUGGUAUACUGGAAAGGAACGCGACCAACUACUCUCAAAGGAGACUUUUUCUCGUAUAACUUCGUAUAAUGUAUUAUUGAAUAGAGAAAGUGGUCCGAUAGCUUAUAAAGGGAAUAGAUCCCUGAAAGUCGUUAAUACUCUCCCAUAUCCUAUGGAAGACGUUGUCAGCGUACGAAUAAACAAUGCGAUGGUCGAGGUCGAAUUCGAUGGGCAAUCGAUUGAAGCACAAAUUGAGCCGUACAUCCGUGAUGGAAAAAUCGAUAGGGAGAUAUUUCGGCUUGUGUUCCGUGUUCACCUUCGACCUCUUGGUAUAUCGACUUACCGACUUCUCUUCAAUAUUAACCAAACUUCUACACAGUUUGUUACUAUUGCCUAUUCAAACAAGGAAAACGAUACAGAACUGGACAG